AUGGCCACCUUAAUCAACUACGAUGUGUCAACUUUCAGAGACGCCAUCAAUCCCAACAAGCGCCGACUCCAAGAUUUGCAGCACUCGGAAGCCAGAGCCCAUGCCGCUCGUGUUGCCUAUUGGAGGAAGAGAAAGAUAGAAGUGCCUAUUCGAAUCCGCAAACACUUGCCGCACGGGACCAGCGGAGAAGGCCAAGAUCCGAUCACAUCUUCUACGGUUCUACCUCAGACGAGGCCGUUAUCCGAUGAUGAGGAUGCUGGGCCGCUCGCUCUAAAAAGGAGCAAGCGGGUGAUAGAGAGGCGCCGUGAACCUCUGUUUCUUGACCAGAGUAGGUCUGAACUCCGGCCAAGGAGUCAGUCAAGAUUGUCAGGCACAACCUCGCAGACGAAUGCAACCAGCAGCAAUGGCAGACGCAAUUCAGCUUCACACGACGGCUGGGUCCUUGCUAACGUGGAUGUUGAUGGCCGUGUGGGCUUGGCCAGGUAUCUAAGACUCAGUCGAGCACCGAGUUCUGAUAUAUUUGAUCCACUGGACUCGUUCCCAGUUCGGCAAGGCGAUGAGGUUGUCACAGCCAUAGAUCACUACAUCACAAACUGGGCGCCCUCGCAACGACCUGGGUUGAAAUACCAGACAAGGGAUAACCCUCUCAUCAGGGACAUGUUUCCAUCAGCGCUUCAGAAUGUGGAGCUCUUCGAAGCCAUUGUUGCGCUGUGUUUGACCUUCAAGGCCGCUGGUCAAAACACACAGACUCGUCUGUCAGCCGCCGCCUUGCACCACAAAGUUCAAGCGUUGGCUGGAAUAAGAGCAAAAUUGGUCUCAGGGACUGUAGACGAAGCCGUCAUCAUGGCGACCAUAUUUCUCAUGAUUACUGACAAUGUUUUCUUAGAUGUGCAAGCAUAUCAAGCGCACCUCGCAGGUCUUCAGAAGAUGGUCAAGGCAGGUCUGUCAACGAACGGGGGAGUGUAUGGCGACUGUCUCCGGUCUUUUAUAUCAUGGGCCGAAUGCAAUGCGCUGCUGAUAUUCGGGGAGGGCACUGCCCGACGUGAUGCUACACUAGACAGCUUGAGGUUACAGUAUCCAACAAAGCCCUUUUCAAUCUCAGUACUCAAAACGAUCAACGCCCUUCCGCCUGGCUUCCGAACCAUUGCAAUGGAUGGGCAAUUAUCGGCCCAGGUCUUGGGUGUCCUUGGUGACACUGUUCAUUGGACAAGUUGUAUUGAUCACCUUUACGGGCAGACGUCCUCGGACGAAAAGCAAGCGUUCCUCAUCGGCUUUGAUCCUCGGGCCAACAGUGCUAAACUCAUGAGACUCUGCCGGCACUCUGGCCGCAGUCGCACGGUGGAGAGCACAAUUUGCAAGGUUCUUUUCAUAUACCAUGCAAAUCUCCUGAAUUGGACCUGUCGUUGCUCCGGAUACCGCCGUCUUGUCGGAGAGCUUACGGAAGCAGUCCGCCUCUGUGACACACAGGAGACUUGGAGUAGGAGCUUUUGGAGCUGGGCAGCGCUCAUCACGGCGAACGCAGCCCGGCGAGGCGGCCAGGAACAGUGUCAGUUUGAUGUCAUGGCUAAGUUCAUGACUUAA